AUGGGUGAAUUAGAUGUAGCGCCAAAGCGCACCUGGAGGGACAGGGCCGUCUUCUUCAGACUAUUCGUCUAUGGCGAGCCUAGCAAGUCGGACAUCGCCCUACUUGUGCUGGCAGUCGUCUCAGCGAUCGCCUCGGGAGUUCCAUUCCCAAUCAUGUCCAUCGUCUUCGGUCAAUUGGUGGAUGAAAUGAACUCGACAACUUGCAAUGCGAACAGCACGAAUGGCGCGUCCUACCAGGCCGGAAUCAAUUCGAAGGUCUUGAUGAUCGUCUAUAUUGGAAUCGCUUACCUCUGUUUGGUUUAUAUUUAUGUCUUCACAUGGAAUAUCACGGGCGAAAGACUCGCUCAGCGUCUCCGCGAAAAGUAUUUUAAGGCGUUGCUCCGUCAGGACGCGGCUUUCUUCGAUAAUCUUCCUGCUGGUGAGGCAUCCUCCAGAAUCUCUGGUGAUAUUACCACUGUGCAGCAAGGCACAUCUGAGAAGGUCGGCAUUAUGAUGAACUCAUUGGCCUUUUUCGUGACUGCAUACAUCGUUGCCUUUAUCAAGGACGCCAAGUUGGCGGGUAUGCUAGUUUCGUUGACUCCGGCAUAUUUGAUCAUGUCCCUGCUUGGAGGGUACUUUGUCCAGAAGUACUUUGGUCGCGCUCUGGAUAGCAUGACAAAGGCAUCUUCGGUCGCGUUGGAGGCUUUCUCGAAUACUAUGGUUGUUCAUGCUUUCUCCGCUAAUGUGCGACUAGAGGAGAAAUUUAUUGAGUUCUUGAACCCCGGACGAGUUGCCGGCAUUCGUAAGUCUAUUGCGACUGCUAGUCAAGCUGGGCUGCUCUACUUCAUUGCUUUUUCUGCCAAUGCCUUGGCGUUCUGGCAGGGUUCGAGGCAGAUUGCGGAUUCGGUCGAGAAUGGUGGCAGCAUGACUGUUGGAGCUACAUAUACGGUCAUUUUUAUUCUGGUGGAUGCAUCCUUGAUCCUCAGUCAAGUCGCACCCUUCAUUCAAAGCUUCGACGCCGCGUCGGUCGCAUUCACCAAAUUACGUGCCGAUAUCGAUCACUCAUCUACUAUCGAUGGAACCGACGAGAACUCCGGCGAUGUCUUGUCGGACGUUAAGGGCGAUAUUGAAUUGCGCAAUGUUUCUUUCACUUUUCCCUCUCGCAAAGACAAGCCAGUGCUUCAAGAUCUAUCAUUCUCUUGUCCCGCUGGCCAGCAAACUGCUAUUGUUGGACUGUCUGGAAGUGGAAAGUCUACCGUGGCGGGACUGGUAACUCGGUUCUACGAUGCGAUUGAAGGAUCUGUCUUCAUGGAUGGACACGAUGUGAAGUCCCUGAAUGUUCGUGCUUUAAGAAGCAACAUCAGUCUGGUCCAGCAAGAACCUUGCCUCCUCGAUCGUUCAAUUUUUGAAAACAUCGCACUGGGAUUGAUCAACUCUCCAACUCACGGUCAUCUUAAACCGAUCCUGACCAGUACGACGUUGGCUGAAAUUGCUGAGGCUGUGAGGGAUGGUCAAAGAAUCGUGCCCGCGUCUUUGGAACAUGGAAAUCACGCACGAGAGAUCGUGGACCUUGUUGAACAUGCUGCUUUGUUAGCCGACGCCAAUGGAUUUAUCGAGAAGCUGCAAGAAGGCUAUGGCACCAUGGUCGGCUCCAGUGGAAAUCUGAUCAGUGGUGGACAAAAGCAACGUAUUUCUUUGGCGCGUGCUCUAGUCAAGGACCCCAAAAUUCUCAUUUUGGAUGAAGCCACUGCCUCCCUGGACUCCGCCACAGAAAUGCGCAUUCAGCGCGCUAUUGAAAGUGUUGCCGUCGGUCGGACCGUCAUUACUAUCGCCCAUCGUCUUUCAACCAUCAAGAACGCCGAUAAUAUCAUCGUCAUGAGACAAGGAAAGCUGGUUGAACAAGGUAGCCACUCGGACUUGUUGACUCGCAACGGUGCAUAUGCUGAACUCGUCCGUCUACAAAACCUCAAUGUCCACGGCGCUGGAGAAGGAUCCUCCACUAGAUCUGCUUCACCAGUGGAACAAAUCAACGAGAAAGCUGAAAAAACAGAUAUCUCUACCGUUUCUAACCUUCCCGACAAUGAGGAGAAGGUCGCUGCAGCACCCGUCAAAGAGUCCAAGCCUAAGGAGAAGGCCGGUGCUGUUGCAACUACACGAUCAUUCUCUGCGACAGUUGGGUCAUUGGGCUCCAUGUUCCGUCCUUACACCUUUGUUCUAAUCCUCGCCGUGACAGGCGCUGUGGUUAUUGGAGGUACAUACUGUGGAUCAGCAGUGAUCUUCGGUAAUGUCGUUAGCAAGCUUAGUGGCUGUGAAGACCCACAGAAUAUCCGCGAUGCUGGUGAAUUCUACGGUCUGAUGUUCUUCGUCCUGGCCAUCAUUGAAUUCUUUGCGAACUUCCUCAGUUGGUCUCUAUUCGGCUGGAUGGCAGAGAACAUCAUCUACAAAGUACGAGUUCUCUCGUUGCGCUCCAUCCUCGAGCAAAACCUGGCAUGGCACGAAUCAAAUGACCGCAAUCCAUCCCUGCUACUAUCCUUGAUCACUACUGACAGCAAUGCCCUCGGAGGUCUGACGGGCUCUGUCGUUUGUACAAUCCUUUCCAUUUGCGUCAACUUGGUCGCUGCUAUCAUCAUGACUCACAUCAUUGCCUGGCGUAUGGCCGUGGUGUGCCUCUCUGUCAUUCCUUUAGUACUGGGUGCUGGAUGGAUGCGAGUAACAUCACUCGCUACAUUCCAAGAAAAGCACUUGGAAGCCUUUGCUCGGUCCGUCGGCAUCACCGUUGAAGCGGUCAACUCAAUCAAGACCGUCAUGUCCCUCUCCCUAGAGCACGAAAUUAUGGGAACAUACCGUCGCUCGCUAGCAGCCCCAAUGAAGGAGAUGACCCGUCAAAGUGCCUGGGUCAACCUCUGGCUUGCUAUUGGAUACGGUCUGAGCAACUUCCUGUAUGGUCUUGCAUACUGGUGGGGAGCGAAGAACAUCAUUGAGGGUCGCUAUACUCAGACCCAGUUCUUCAUCGUUCAACUCGCUCUCCUUGUCAGCUCACAGCUAUGGGGUCAGGUAUUUGCUCUCGCACCGGAUGUUGCGCGUGCCUUCCAGGCUACCCGCCGACUGCUGAACCUUCUGGAUCUGGGGUCCACGAAGAACCUCUCAAAGCCCAUUGCAGGUCCACAAGAACUGCUCGAAGGCUCCACAGAUGAUAUUGAAGCCACGGCCACUAUGCGCGAAAAGGUCGAUGAUAGCCGCAGCGGAACCAGCGUCUCAUUCAAGCAUGUUCGGUUCUCUUAUCCCGCCCGACCUGAUACUCGCGUUCUUCAUGGACUAGACUUGAACGUCAAAUCAGGUCAAUUCGCGGCACUGGUGGGACCCAGUGGUGCUGGCAAGUCCACCAUCAUCUCCCUCGUUGAACGACUCUACACCCCCGAGUCGGGUAUCGUCGAAGUCGACGGAAAAGAUAUCUCUCACGGAGACAUCUCCUUCCGCGACUCGAUCGCUUAUGUUCCACAGCAAAGUGUCAUGUUCGAAGGAAGUAUCCGUUUCAACCUCGCCCUUGGCGCGAGACCAGGCCACAACAUCUCGCAAGCCGAAAUGGAAGAGGCUUGUCAGCUGGCAAACAUUCAUGAGACGAUCAUGCAACUACCCGAAGGGUACGAUACAGCCUGUGGUCCCAACGGCGAUCGUCUCUCUGGAGGUCAAAAGCAACGACUUGCAAUUGCCCGCGCAUUGAUUCGCAAGCCGAAGUUGCUGCUACUCGAUGAGUCGACCAGUGCCCUGGAUGCAGAGUCCGAACGUCUUCUUCAGGAUGGUCUAGAGAAGGCCACUAAAAAAAUGACUGUUAUUGCAAUUGCCCAUCGUCUGUAUACGAUUCGGAAGGCUGAUGUCAUUUUCUUGAUUGAGGAUGGGCGAUGUGUUGAACAGGGUACUCAUGCUCAGCUGGUUGAGCGGAGUGAGUCUUACCGGGUUAAUGCCUUGAACCAGGCGGUUGAUGGGUAG